UGCGCACACGCAGUCGCCGUCGCGGGCGGGGAGAGCCCGCCCCGCCCCGCCCCGGGGCGCGCGGACCCCCAGCGCCUCCUCCGCGGGUCCGGCGGCGCCCCCGGACAGCGCGCGCGAGGCCGGGGCGGACGCGGCCUGGGCGGUUGGGCGGAGGCUGUCCGGGCGCCAUGUCAGCCCAGGGAGUGGCGGUGCUGCUGUCGUGGCUGAGCUGCUGCGGCUGGGCCGUGUGGAGGUAUUCCACUAACAGCCCAAACUAUCUCAUUUUUAGUACCAGAAGUACUAUUAAGUUAGAGUAUGAAGGAACAUUAUUUUCUGAGUGGAGUGUGCCAGCAACUUGUUCUGUAAAAAAUAAAAGCUCUCCCAAGACAGAACUGCGUUGUUCUUCUCCUGGUAUUCAGACUAUAAGACCACUUGUUAUCGGCCCAAAUACAGAAGAAGAACGCAAUUUGUCUGUGGACAGUUCCCAUAUGUGUUUUCUGUGGUAUCUUAAAGUUAUAAAUUUCUUCCACAAUUUAACCCAGGUUAUUGUUAUAUGGAUUUAUGAUCCAGAAAAUGCAGACCCUGAAGAGUUGCUAUGGACUGCCCAGGAGCCGUCACUAAAUUCUAUAGUACUUACCAAGCAGUUGUCCACUUUGGGACAGAAGCCUGGCAUAUACACAACUCUGAAGAGAAAAACUUAUUUGCCACAUGACAAAAUGGAGAAUGGGACCUGGCAUAUUGUGGUACCAAUAACAUUUGAUGACAUGCUAAAGGAGAUUAAAGGAAAUCAAGUGGCUUUUCAAGAUUGCUUUACUACAGAUUUUCUUUUUGUGCUGGCCUUUCCUUUGAUGACAGUAUCUGAGAUUCCUGGGUUUUUACCAAUCUCUUCACCACGUGGUAGUCAGUUAAUGGCAGCCUGGACUGCUUGUGUUCCUUCAUUUGUUGUUGUGGUUGCUGAUAUGGAGACCUUUCAAACAAAUGACUCAUUCCACAGCUGGACCAGAGUCAGAGUGCCUCCAAACAUUUUGACAGAUGAUGAAAGGCACAAUGUAUCUGAUGUGAGCCUAUCACGGGAUGGAAUAUUUUUUCUAAUAAAUGGCGUUCUUUACGUAAAAAGUUUUAAUGAGUUCAAAAGGCUGGGAGUAAGUGAAAAUCUUCCCAAUAGUGGAAUUAUUGGUAUUACAACAAGAAAAUGGUGUUGGAUCAACUAUUUAUUAAAGGGUAAAGCAAGAAGUAGAGUGGCAACCUGGACAAAAAAUGAAGUUUAUCUUGGAUAUGAUUUUCUUAAAUUUGUCAAAAUAAUGACUACUGAAAAACUGAAAAUUUUUCUAAAUAUACCAUCAGCUGCUACACUGACUAUACACAAUGUUGAGUAUCCAGGACACCCUUUGGAACUUGCCUUAUUUUUAAGUUACUGCACUAACUGUACUGUCAACAAAACGAUUUACUUGGUAAUAUACAACGAAGAUACAGAAGACUGUGUGAACCAAAACUUUGCGUUAGAUGUCCCUAUUAACAGUUUUUUAACUCCGCAUUUUAUAUUCACAGCACUGCCAGGUUUAGUACUCUGGGACAAAUAUAGGAUCUACUAUUUUUAUCACAAUUUCACAGAAACUGGAGUUUUACAAACACCUACAGAAUUUGGAAAUCUGUCCAGAUUAGCACAUAACAGCAUUAUUCAUGAUAUUUUCAUAGAUUAUUAUGGAAAUAUUUUGGCAAAAAUGGAAAAUAACAUCAUAUUUUAUUUCAAGAUCAAUAUUAAAGAUGCAAUAAAACUGCACUCAUGGGCAAAUAGCACAGUUAAGUCAUUAAUUCUAUUGAAUACGUCUACUCAAAUAUAUUUCAUAUAUGUUUUUGAAAAUGCCACAGUACAGUCACAGGAAUAUCCUUUAAAACUGGAAACACAAAGUGUGAAUUUCUAUAUACAAGAAAAAUGCCCCUACAUGGCAUUUCAUAAUAAUGUUUUUAGUGUUUUUCACUUUUUGGACAAGGGACAGAACCUGUCCUUUUGGGCUCAAAUAGUCUAUACAGAAAAUCUUGGUCUGUAUGUUAUUGUGGAAUCAUAUGGCCCAAAUAUAUUACAAGAAAUACAGAAGGUUCACUAUGAAGUCGCCCUAGGAUACUGUACUAAAACCACGACAGUCACAUUUUUUCAGAAUGUAAAUUAUGAGGCUGUAGAUGACUACUUCAAGUUGCAAGACGAGAACACGGGCCUUCGGCUUGUGCAGUUUCGGCCUAGUGAGUACGCAAGAGCGUGUCCAACUGCCCAAAAGGUGUUCCAAAUAGCCGUUGGCUGUGAUUCCAGUAAAUACAUUGUUGUUAAAGGAUUUAAUAAAAAAGACUGUCUUCAGCAUGAUUUCUUUUACAUUAUUGAAAAGUCAUAUCUGAGGAAUCAGCCAUCUAAAAACUUGAGAGUAAAAUAUAAUUGGAAAAAAUAUGGCUGCCCACUGAGACUUGAUUUCAGAGAAAUGUUUCACCCUUUGAUUGAAUUACACAAUGGCAAUGGCUACAUUGAAGACGUGGAAGUGAACUUCAUCGUGUGGGAAAUACACGGCCGGAACGACUACAGCUUUAAUAACACCAUGAAGAAGAGUGGUUGUUUAAAUGAAGCCCAGACGUGGAAGUCAAUGACGAAGCUUAACCAGAACCUUCCACUUGAAGAAGCCUGGGGACCUGAGAACUAUAAACACUGUUUUUCUUAUGCUAUUGGAAAACCAGGAGACUUAAAUCAACCAUAUGAGAUAAUCAACAAGUCUAACUAUAACCAUUUAAUUUGGCCUGAGGACCAUUCUGGAAUGUAUGUGUUUCGUGUGAAGAUCCUGGAUCCAAACUAUAGUUUCUGCAACCUAACAGCUAUAUUUGCGAUAGAGACCUUCGGAAUGAUUCCCAGUCCAAGUGGCUACCUGGUUGCUGCUUUCCUCUUUAUCCUGAUGCUGCUGUUCUCCAGUAUUCUGGUGUUGAGCUACUUCCAUUACAUGAGGAUUUAUACACAAUACCUUUAUGAGCCAAUUAAAAGAUAUGAUAGAAAACAAAAGGAUAAUUAGGAAAAAUGAAAGCUUGUUUAGUAUGGAUAUAUAUGUAUAUAUGUAGAGAGCAU